AUGGGACAGGCACCGAUAUCUGAAUGUAGUGUUGGUACAGGUGCUCAGGUUUCUACUUGGCGAUUAAAAGGUAGCGGCUUGGGACCGAACCCAUAUCAAGAUUGUUAUAUGCCGUCAUUUGUUACAUUAGUAAGAAACGAGUAUGUUUAUUACAGAUUUAAAGUUAGUAAUAAAUGGAUGGUUGAAGCAGAAAUAUGGUUGUAUGAUGUUGAAACAAAAGACCGAGCUUGUUUGAUUUACUCUGACAAUUUCAUAAUGGCACCAUUAGAUGGUGGUAUAACAUGGAAUUCUACAACGGUUGGCACUCAUUAUACAAUGGCAAUUGGUUAUCCAAAGAUAAAUUUUUUGACAACCAUACAGUUUAAUAGUACGUCACAACCAUAUGCGUCACACUUCAAUAUCUACGUGUGGCUGUCAAGUUCUUUGGUUGCUAAUUCAAUAGGUAUAUGUAGGCAGUCUGAUCCAGACUGUCGACCAACAGAAAUAAUAAGUACCACUACGAAAACAACAACAACGACAACAAGUACCACUACAGUUACAACAUCAACAACAACAAGUACCACUACAGUUACGACAUCAACAACAACUACCAAUGCACAAACAACAACGGCUACUUCUGUUGCUUCUUUCAAGUGUGCUAUUUAUGAAAAUAUGUAUAUUCAAACAUGGCAUCAUACAAAUGAAGCUUCACCACCUAUUAAAAACUGUGCUGGUUCUUCAGGAAACUUUGAAAUAGUCAAAAAUAAGUUUGUUCGAUAUACACUUCGUACAACUGGUUCUAGCAUUGAUGAAUUAACACUCAUCUUGUUCGAUGAAUUAUCCACGAAAGCAAUUUGUACUGUUUCAGCUGUUGGUCAAGAUUUUGGUUGGAUGGAUUGUGAAGAGAAUGACAUUAAUCCUUCUUUGAUAACAACAGCAACACAUGAAACAUUGACUGUAUACUAUGCCAAAGGAAAUUUUACAACAAUUGUAACGCAUGAUAUUGGAUUUAAUGUUGGUCGAUUCGUAAUUAAUGUGUAUCAAAGCUCCGAAUUAGCUACUCAUUCAACUGGUAUUUGUAAUUUAUCGUCGUCGUGUGCUGCUAAUGGGCGUAUCUAA